CUUCAAAAAUCCAGUCCAGGAACUACAUAAUAAAUACGAGAAACAUUCGAUUUCUCUCAGUUAAACCCUAAAACCAUGCCUCCGAGAAAGGAAUUCUGUAAAUUUUUUGCGCGUGGCAGUUGUCGUAAUGGCAACAGCUGUAAUUAUCUUCACGCCACACCCCAACAAUCAAAUGCCAAUCCCUUUGGAUUUGGAAAUCAAGCUAGCAAUCCGUCUCAGCGCGUAAAUCAACAACAACAGGCGCCAAACCCUUUUGGUUUUGGCAUGCAGAACAAAAAUCAGUCGAGAGGGGGUAACGAUUUUGGAUCCAAACCAAAUCAAAACAAGCCUUUUGAGAAUACGUGGUCCCGUUCCUCCAAUGUAAAUACUAGUGGUGCCUCGGUUACGCGGCAAUCGGAGAAGCAACAACCAGUUGCUGAUCACAAGUGCACUGAUUCUGAAUCCUGCAAGCGCAUAAUAGUGGAUUACUUUUCCCAAUAUAGGAAAAGAGAAUCUAAAUGUAUUUUCAUCUACAGUGGUCCAUGUGACAUCGUUGGUGACAUCAGCUGCGAAGAGUUGCGUGCAUUAGCAUAUGACGAUGCCAAGAACGGAACGAACUUUCCGCUAAUUGUUGAGAGAGAGAGGAGUUUGCUAAAUUCCAAGUUAGUUGAAUUUCAGAACCUUAUGCAGAAACCUAGCAGCAAUCAAAAUCCGUUUGGUGUAGUCAGUGCAAAUGCUACCACCAUCAAUAGCGGUUUUUCGCCUACAGCAUCAAACUUUAGUCAACUCCAUGCAUCACUAAGCUCAGGGCCUUCUCCUGCUGUUCCUAAUUAUAGCUUUGGUCAAAAAAAUACCUUCCAGAACAAUAGUCAGCCAUCUGCCAUGUUUCAGACGAACAAUUCUCCCUUUAACACUUCAGGCUCGUUUGCUAGUCGUGUUCCUCAACAACAACCUGGUCAAGGUCAAGGUCAAGGUCAAGGUCAAGGUUCCGUCCCCUUUGGUUCAGCAAGUGCUCAGACGAAUCUUUUUUCAUCUUUCGCUAAUGUAUCACAGACAGGAAAUGUGUUUGAUAAACCGUUAAACUUUGCCUCCAAUGAACCCUUUUCAGCUCCAAGCAUCGGCAUCCAGUUGAGUAAUAAUACUCCGAAGGAGAAUACUAAUGCGGAUGAUAGCAUUUGGAAAAAAGCUGAAUGGAAGUGGAAUGCUGGAGAGAUCCCAGAAGAUGCGCCUCCAGAUAUUUAUAUUCACUAGAAUUGGUGAUUCAACCCAAUCAGAUUUUCUGCUACUGUCAUGACAUGAUACUCAGCUUCUAGAACAUUCCAUACGUGUAAAAUUAGUUGAGUCUUAGAGGAGGGAAUUUUUCGAGGUGGCCCACAAUUGUGCAAAAAUCGAGCUCGAGAAUUGUGUGUUGAACUUCUUUUAGUUUAGUUACACACAAUUGAGUUCUUGCAAGAAUGCAUACUUUUUAAUAUUUUGGACAGCCAAACUAGAACUUAGCGUUUGUUAAUAGUUAUAGUCGACCAUUUUUACAACUGUCUAAUAAGCUCGGUAUCGUUAAUUUCAUAUAAUUAUCUGGUUUUAUUUUUUUAUGAAUAAUUUAAGAGUGAUAAUUGUACUAAGUUAGACAAUCAGUAGUAUAUGCUAAA